CUCACCCCUCCCCACCCCUCUCACGACCACCUGCUACCCCUCCUCUCCCCUACCUAGUUGACCCCACUCAUUUGUUGCUAUAUACUCACUCGCCUCUAUCACUGCCAACAUCUUGCUCUGGCUGGCAUUCCAUAAGGUAGCCUGCAUCCCCUCUAGACCUGUCACCAUCUGCACCACAUUGCAUAUUUUGAAAUGGCUCCCCAUGCGGUAGCCGCCCAGGCCGACAGUGCCUUAACUCUCGAUCCCCAGCUUGCGAAGGCUUCUCUAAAACCAUCAAUAGUCAACCAAGCGCCACUGAGGACUCUCUUCCCGCCCCUGGUGAUAGAGGAGCACCCGAUCGACGAGGUCCCGCGCCUCAGGGUAGUCGUCGUGGGAGCUGGCAUCGCGGGGAUCAAUGCUGGGAUACUAUUGCCUCGCAAGGUCCCAAAUAUUGACCUUGUGAUUCUUGAGAGACACGCAGAUCUGGGCGGAACCUGGCAUACCAACGUGUAUCCCGGCGUCAAAUGUGAUAUCCCCUCCGACGUUUAUCAGAGCACCUUCGCGCCCCAAACUACCUGGAGCGAAAAUUAUUCGCCCGGCGCUGAAAUCCAGGCUUACUGGAAAAAAGUGGCUCAAAAAUACGACACAGAGAAGCAUAUUCGAUAUGGCACAUCCGUCACACGCGCUGACUGGUCGGAUGAAAAAUCAAAAUGGGUCCUGAAAGUUGUUACCAAUGGCCUAGAAACGGUCGAAGAGGCCGAUUUUCUCAUUACCGCAACCGGCCAUUUCAGUGACCCUCGCCUUCCCAAUUACCCCGGCAGGGACGAAUAUGAGGGCCAUCUAGUACAUUCCUCGUCUUGGGAUCCAGCAUUUGACCCAGCAGGCAAGCGAGUUGCGGUAAUUGGUAAUGGCGCCUCUGGCCUUCAAAUUGUACCUCAACUACAAAAAUUAUCAUCACAUGUCGAUCAUUACGCUCGAAGCAAGACAUGGAUAGCAGGGUCGUUCACGGGCGAGGAACUACAUAGAGGGCCGGGACGAACACCGCCUCCGCAAGACCCAGAGGCCUACCUCAAGCACCGCAAGAAGUUAGAAGAAGCAUCAUUCUCCCGCUUCAGUACGAUCAUAAAAGGUGGCCCAACUAAUGCCAAGUCCAAGGAAACGUUUACCAAGUUAAUGUCCAAUCGCCUUGGUGACCGCACCGACCUGCUGGAAAAGAUCACCCCAGACUUCUCGCCCAACUGUCGUCGGUUGACUCCUGGCCCUGGUUACCUUGAAGCAAUCACGCAACCAAACGUUAGCUACAUAUCCACACCAAUCUCAAAAUUUACCAAAACCGGCAUUGCACUCCAAGAUGGCACAACCCACGAUUACGACGCCAUAAUUUGUUCCACGGGGGCAGACACCACAUUUGCCCCGCACUUUCCAAUCGUUGCCAAUGGAAUAAAUCUCCAAACUGCUUGGCGGCCCGGCGUAGGCCCUGAACACCAACCUGGCUUCCCCGAUAGCUAUCUCGGCAUCGGAGCGCCUCAAUUCCCAAAUUUCCUCCAAAUUCUCGGCCCGAACUCUACAGGACUGGGCGGUACGAUUCCUCAUGCCAUCGAAACACAGGUAACCUAUGCCGCGAAGAUUCUGCGCAAGGUGUCCACACAAGGCAUCCGCACGAUUACACCGAGCGUUCAAGCUACUGCUGAUUUCAGGGCCUACUGUGAAUCCUUCUUCCCUCGCACUGUGAUGAGCGAGAACUGCAGCUCGUGGUAUAAUGGAGGGAUUGCCGGAGGCCGUAUUCAUGGGAUCUGGCCAGGCAGUGGCACCCAUGCCGUCCUUUCAAGGCGUGAUCCGAGAUGGGAAGAUUUUGACUACACCUACCGAAACGAGCAGGGCAACCGGUUUGCGUGGUUUGGCAAUGGGUGGACUACAAAGGAUGUGAAGGCAGCUGAUGGUCAAGAAGACCUUAAUUUUACGCCGUACUUGAAGGUAGAGAGCGUGACUGGAGACAUCGAUUUAAAGGCACUCCAUGAAGAUGGAUUUGAGUUGUGAAUAUUUAUUCAUAAAACCAGG